CAUACCCUCUUUAUAGAACUAUUUAUGCCAUUGACAGCGUUGAACAUACAAAAGAAAGGCUCUUAGUGUUAUGCCGUCAUAAAGUGACAUAAUUAUCAGCAUAUGGAACUUUACGCAGCAUUCAUGGUAACGCAUUAUAAGUGUGAUACCCUCAAAGACGCUCGAGAGCAUUACUUGGUUACUUUUUGUAGUUCCAAGAGAAGAUUGCAAUUUCUCUUACGCCAGAUCUUGCUUUUAUCUUAUCAGAGCAACAUGCUUGCAAUAUAACUACAAUUCGGGUGAAAAAUAAAUUCACUGUUUGAAUGAAUCAUUCAGUUUCUCAGAUGUACUCUUCAUGAUCCAGCAAGCAGAAGCUAACAUCGUCUUUCCACAAUGGUAUGCAGGUAUCGGAGUAACUCUGCUACUCCUGCAGGUGGGAUUCAUAAGCGGCUGGUCAUCUCCAAUGCUAGCCCGUCUCUCAGCCGAGGAUUCACCGAUUCCUUUGAACCCCACGCAAGCUUCCUGGGUGGCUUCCAUCGUGAACCUCGGUCGGUUUCUCGGUGCUGUUCUGGGAUCCGUCAGCACCAGCUAUUUGGGUAGCAGGCGAUCUCUCUUCGUGACCGUGUUCCCGGUCGCCGCGGGUUGGCUGAUCACAGCCCUGACGCAGAGCGUCGAGUGGCUAUACGUCGCCCGUUUCUACAGUGGAGUUGGCCUCGGAAUGGCUUUCAACUCAUUCCCCCUUUAUAUCGGUGAGGUGUCGAUGCCGGAAAUACGUGGAGCUCUCAUAUCGAUGGCCACCACCGGCGGUCCGGUAGGAGCGCUCGUCGCCAGUAUCGCCUGCUCCUACCUCAACCUCACUGCUUCGUCGUGCAUCUAUUUGGCUCUCUGCAUCAUGCUAAUUGGAAUAUUCUUCUGGCUGCCGGAGUCGCCACAUCACCUUCUAAAGGUUGGAGCCUGCGAUGCUGCUAGAAAAUCUAUCGAUUGGUACAGAGCUGGAAAAGGCGUCGAUAACGAGUACGACGCCGUGGUAAAGUUCGUGAGCAUCGACAGCAAUUUGAGCUUCAUGGAAAAAUUACGAGAGUUCAAGAAACCACCCAUCAGAAAAGCAACUUUCCAAAUCAUCGCUCUGUACACGUUCAUGCAGAUCUGCGGUCUUAACAGUAUCAUAUUCUACAUGGAGACGAUCUUGACGUGGGCCAAGUUCACCAUGAUAAGUCCAUCGUUGACUGUGAUGCUCGUCAACCUUUGUGGCAUCUUCUCCAGCUCUCUCUCCAUACUCUUGAUUGACAGAUUCGGCCGAAGAUUUUUGAUGAUCUUGUCCGGUACAGGUGUCACUAUCUCGAUGGGAAGCUUGUUUGCCUUUUUUCUUCUGUUAGAUUUAAAAAUCGACAUCUCUUGCGUACAAUGGUUACCCACCGCCGCGAUGUUUGGCUUCAUCAUUUCGUUCUGUCUAGGUAUGCUCCCGGUGCCCAGUGCCAUGUUGAGCGAAACUUUUCCAGCGAACAUCAAAUGCAUAGCAGCCUGUAUCGCUAGUUUGACAGGCGCUAUCAUGUCAUUUCUGUCGUCCAAAACUUUCCAACCUAUGGUCGACGCUAUGGGUAAAACGUACCUGUUCCUGUUUUAUGCCAUUUGUACAUUUCUCGUUAUACCUUACUCUAUGUUCAUGAUGAUAGAGACAAAAGGUAAAAGUCUGCAACAGAUUCAAGACGAACUUGAAACGUAAAAGUAAGAUUUAUGUAACCGUUUACGAAUCU